AUGUUUCUUAACGAUGCGUUUACAACUAGUCGCGUCUACGCCCUAGAUGCGCCACCACUCCGGCAACUAUUUGAGGUUGCAUCUGCCGAACCGGCAGUUGACUCUGACAUACUCUUUACUCUCUUGGGCAAUUGCCUUGGCAGAGGAGAUCCUUUGCCUGCAGCCCAUGCCCUAGACCCGGAGGCGUGGUUAGAGGAGAUUCCAGAUGCAUCUGGCAAAACAGAAGAUGAGGAGAAGGCCCAGCCUGCAUCUUCCGAGGCUGUCAAGGCGGAUGAUAAACAGUCAGUGCUCAGCCAGGAAGAAGUGAACAGCCUCGUGAUGGAAUUAGAGAAGCUGAUAGGCAUGUCGUGGCGUCAGGCAGAGCUGAGCAAGCCUAAGCGUCGACCUGUGUACGCCGCCGAAACUCUUGGAAGACAUUUGUUGGCGUUUGACGCGAUUGUGUGUGGCAUCCAACUUUUGGGGGACAAGAUGCAGCUUCCCUUGUGGUGGAAUCAAUACGUAGCUGCCUUUGACCAUAGUCCUUCUCACCUAUUGCCAUACGGAAGUCCGAAACCUGAGGGGAUUUACAGGAUGAUGAUACGCCGUCUAUUAGGUGCGCUGGAAAUCUACAAGAGAGGCAAACGCCCACCACUUCCUGAAGUCAUUGCACUGAAAACUAUGCUAUUUGCUCAUAAAGAUGCUCCUGGACGCCUCAAAGAUCACAAAUGGGAUCCUUGGCGCGAGGAUGCAAAAGGCCCUUAG